AUGGCUGACUACCCAACUCGCGAAGAAUUUGCCUGGUCUGGCAUGGAGCAAUUGUCCAAGGUGCCGGUUGGUGGCGACGAUGAAUGCCCCAUCUGCAAGACGUUGCUCGUAUCGAAUGCCACGCCUCCGACCAAGACUACCUUGGCACAUCAGCUUGUCCAUCUCCACAACCCCCCUACCUCUCAAAAUGGUGAGUCCUCAAACACUACAAUUCUCACGGACAGCACUUCUGACACAGGUGUUCCGAUAGUCCAUGUCGCGCAUGCCCCUUCGAUGAUGCCACCGCCAACCUUUGGCCCCAUCGAUAUGAGUGUCCGCUUGGCCACAGAAAACCUCGUUGCGACCUUCAUUCGAAUCCGUGCCUGCGGCCAUAUCUACCACACCGCAUGCCUGCGUGAAUGGCUUAGUGUGCCUCAGAACAAGACCUGCCCGAUGUGUAGGCGUGUCCUCUUCGACGCACCCUACGGCCCUGAAGCCGCUACUCAAAUCGGCAAUCUCCAGACCGCGAUCACCACUACGAGGCACGAUACGAUCGACUAUCUUCUACAUCUUCGCAACACCAUUAAUGAAGAUCAACGCGAAUCGGAGCGAUUGGCCGCGGUCGUGGGAGAUCAGAAGGACAUGAUUAAACAGCUUCGAGAGAACAACGCAGUCUUGCUACAUCGAGGGACGGCCGCGAUGAAGCAAGUCGUGAAGUUGAAGCGCACAGAGCUCAAGUUGCGAAAGCAAAUCUUGGAGGGCAGCAACAUCAAGAUCUAUGGCAUUGGCCUUAUCCUGGCCUUGUUACUCUACGCAUGCUACUACUCGUGA